UCGUCGGCGUGUGCAAACGUGCUCGCAGUUCGCAAGGCGUGUGUGUGUUUAAACGAAUUUCAAAACGUUUCGAGAGCCAAAAACUUCUUGACGUAUUUUCUAAUAACUAACGCAAACGAGCAACCAAACGGUUAAUUGCUUGGCAGGCAAAUUUUAAUUUUUGAGUAACGCUAGAUAAAUAUAAAUGUGAGAACUUUAAACAGUUGCUAAAUAUAUUUAGCAAAAAAAGUUAUUAAAUAAUUCGUGCGUGCAGUUUGAUUUAUUGUGAUUAUGUCAUGUGAAUUUUGUGCAGAAAUCCUAAAAAAGCAAAACACAAUCUAAAUUUGAAUGUGCUACGUGCGUGUUUAUUUUAGUUUAAACAAAGCACAGCCGCAACAACAACAACAAUACUAGACACGCGCAUUUUUUGCACACUUUUUUGUUGCGACGUCAGCGGCCGCGAAGCAACCCCAACAACAACAACAAAAACAAGCAGCGACUCGCUGAGUGUGCGUGACCGUGCGUGUGUGUGUGUGUGUGAUUGCGUCUGUGUGUUUUGGCCUCAACCGGCAAGUGCAAAAAAAAGUUUUGUAAGUGUCGUAUCUCUCUCUCUUUGUCAAGCUCGCGCGUGCUCUCUCUCUCAGGCAUUAUUGCUCUCGUCGUGUUUGUGUGUGUGUGUGUGUUUGUGACGAACAGCUGUUUGUUACAAAAUGCAAUAGUGUAAGCUGCCAAAAUAAAAAAAAAUAUUCUAAAGGCCUGAGCACUGCACCACCCCCGAGCCAACAGACGUCGCUGUCACAGUCUCUCUCUCUCUUGCAUUACUCAGAGUCUUGCACACACGUCAUCAUCAUGGCCAGCUUUGACUUGAAGCUGCUCUGCCUGUGUCUGGUGCUGGGUCUAGCCACGGCCAAGCAUUUGGGUCCAGCCGAAGAUGGCAACGACUUGUCUGCCCAUGCCAAAGCAGCUCAUCACCAGCAUCAGCAUCAGCAUCUGCAUCAGCCGCACCAGCAUCAGCAUAGCGCCAGCACUCAUCAUCGUCGGCGCCUGCAGCGAGAUUCACGCGCCAAGGAUACAACGCAGCAGUGCGAGGGUGUUAAGAACUUUUUCGAAUCGAUCGACAUUAAAACGCAUGCAGGCUCCAAUGAGAAAGGUGCGAUUUGCGGUGGCAACUGCUGCAACAACGCCACCGAGUUGGAGUUACGCCAGAAGGCAUCCGGCAAGUUUGAGCAGCUGCUGCAUCAUCACACGAGCAGCCUACGUGGCAUCCUAGAAUCCACCGCCAGUCAAUUUCAGGGUCACGUGCUGGAGCUGGCAGAGCAAUCGGAGAACAAAACGCUGAACGUAUUUAUCAAGGUAUAUAGUCGAAUGGUCCCAUUGUCCCGCAAGCUGAUACAUCAGCUCUACACAGAAAUUAUUAGUCAUUUGAAGUACACAUCGAACUACAGCAACAAUAAGGGUCAAGGUAUUCUCAGCAGCCAAAGCAGCCUGGAGGAGGCUUUGCAUAGGUUCUUUGAGCAACUUUUCCCAGUUGCCUACCAUCAGGCUGUGCAUCCCAGCAAGGAGAGCUAUGGCGAGCUGCAUGAGGACUAUAUCAAUUGCCUGAAGCACAACUAUGAUGAGCUGCAGCCUUUUGGCCAGACACCCAAGGAAAUUCAGGCCAAUUUGCUGCACAGUGUGCACAUGUCAAAAAUAUUUAUGAAUGCGCUGCUCCAAACCGCUGAGGUCCUAAGCGAGGUGGAUGCGCUCUAUGGCCAGCAGCUGACGGACUCCUGCAAGCUGCAUUUGCUCAAAAUGCAUUACUGUCCCGACUGCAAUGGCCAUCAGCAGCGUGGCCGGCCCAAGGUUUGCUACAGCUACUGCAUGAAUGUAAUGCGCGGCUGCUCAGCGCAAUAUGCUGGCAUGGAUAGCCAUUGGAGCAAUGUGGUUGAGGGCUUGGACAGUCUGGUGUCCACGCAUAUUCGCUCGGAUAGCGGUAUUAUGAAUACCAUAAAGCAGCUGGACGCCAAACUCUCAGAGGCCAUAAUGCGGGCUAUGGAGAAUGGUCCGGAGCUAGAGAAAAAGGUGAAGAAGACUUGUGGCACACCCAAUCUGUUGCCAUCCACAAGCAGCGAGGAGGCGCAUCCGUUGCAGCAGCACAACAGCGUUAAAUGGAGCACGCCCCUGGAUCCAGGCAGUGUACAAUUUCUGUCAACGAUUGAAAAGUCCAAGGAUUUCUAUUCGAACAUUGUGCUGAACUUCUGCGAUGAGGACUACACGCAGCGCGAUGAUCACCUCUGCUGGACAGGCGAUCGCAUCGGCGACUACACACAACUGCUAAUGACACCAAAGACGGACACACAGCGCUAUAAUCCCGAGGUGCCAUGGGAGAACAAGCUGCAGUCGAGCAAGAUUAGUGAGCUUAUUGACAAGCUCAACAAAAUACGCAAGAGCAUUGCAGUGGCGGCACCCGCUGCCAGUACACAGCUCCAUGAUAUACAGAGUGAUAUGGGCCAUGAGGGCUCUGCUGCUGGCGCUAGCGAUCACAACAUAGGCGACGAUGAUGAGGAAUAUGGCGGCAUGCAUGGCUCUGGCGAUGGUUCCGGAGAUGGUGCUACGCCCGACUUUGAUCCAGCGGGAACAACGCCUAGUCUGGGCAACGAGAUUGAACCACGUGAUAACCCUAAGGGCGCUGCCUGCUCGCUUAGCUAUACGGUAGCCUCACUGCUGCUCUCACUAGUCACACUUUAUAGUUGUAGUAGUUAAAGCACCCAAAACCAGAGAAAGCUGCAAAGGUUAAGGGGAACUUCCGAGAAACUGGAAAUCAGUGCAUAAAGGGCGCGCGCACAAAGUAAAUUUUAAUGACUUAUGAUUUGUAUAUUAAAUUGAGUUGUUACCAUUAAUUUUGUUAGAUAUUAGGUCGCAUAUACAGUUGCAAGUAACUAAUUAACUAAACAAGCGCGUUUAACAACAACAAUUCAAGCCACGCCACAACACUCUCUGUCUCAGCCACCAAAAGUUGGGCUGCUCAAUUUUAUUGACGACAGCCAGAACCAACACACAAACAGCUAACUAGACUUUUGUGCCAUAUGUGUUGGUAAAAAAAAAUAUAUUAAAAAAUAUUUAAAAAUAUACUAGGGCUCUACAAUUGUUCGCCUUAACGCUUGCAAUUUUUCCAACGAAAAGUUUAAGCAAAAUAUAUUAAUAGUCUAAAGCUCAAUGUUACAGUAAAAACACUUGUUCCUUUUUGGUGUAAAAAAUUACAAAUUACAUAUAUAGAGUUGCGUAGUAAAAGCAAUCGGAACAUACACAAACAUACGUACAUACAAAAGCAGAAUUUAAAUGUUUAAACUAAAACUAAAACUACAAAUAAUUGUUGUCAGCGCGAAUUUAGUUGAGUAAAACGCACUUUUUUGGGCAUUAUAUAUGAAUGAAAAACUAGAAGACUUACAGCUUUAUAUACACACACACAACAUGAAAUCUAUAUAUAAUAUAUAUGUAUAGCAUUAACAAUUAAUGCAAGUAAUGGCAUUAAAUGCAUUCGAGAGCAAUUUGUUAACUUAAGUUUGAACUAUAAACUAAAAAAAAAAAUUAAGAAACUGUUUCUUGAAUAUACAGACACACAUACAUGCUCCAAAAACAAAGCAAAACUUUAAAGGAAUGCGUAAAAAUUCUAUUAGUUAACUAAGCAACUAAAAUACUUAUGUAUUAGCGCAGUUAAGUGUAAUAAUUUAGCGUGUAAUUUGUAAAAAGAGCAGGUUUAUUGAGAACAACAAGAAAAAGCAAAUUAAAAAUUUAGUUAGUAGACAAAUUAAAACACACAACAAUCUGAUAUACAUAUAUACAUUUGGGUGAGUAGACUUGAUAGUUGACGAAAUCGCAUAGCAAACAGGUAAUCUACGAAAAAUUCUUCCAAUAUUUAACCAUGGCUUUAAAAGUAGCCUUGGACCCGCGCAGUUCACAAUUUGUUAGUGGUGUCUUUGGGUUUUAUUACCAUAUUUUUGUUGUAGUUAAUACGAUUCUGAUACUCGGUAUAGAGUUGCAGCAAUACAUUUUAUAAUUUAAAAUUGUUAUUUAAGAAAAAAAAAA